AAUAAUAACUAAAACUAGAACUAACUGACUAAACUCGAGUAAUACCCCGAGUUUAUCUAUAAACAUUAAUUAAUUGAGCAAGAUAUUCGAAGUCCGUUUUAACAUAUUAUAUCGAGGUUUUACUAUAUUAAUUUUUAAGAAAUUAAAUACGAGUCAUUUAAGAUUUAUAUUGAUUUAAGUAAAAUAAAAGUUUACAAAUAUUUUCAAGAUUAUUAAUCAUUAAUUAUGCAAGAUAAGAUAAAAACCAAUUCAAAUCGAUAAUGAUAUUUACGCCUGCAAAGUUAUUUUUAUUUAAAAUCGUUUUGAACGUUGAGCUUUCAAAUUUGUUUUUUUUUAUACACCUGUCACUUAACAUCAAUUAAACCGUUUAAAAAAAAUUUAUAUUCUUAUCAAAUCUAAUUUAAUGCAAGGUCGAAUUAAAACUUAGCACUCAACUAAAAAAAAAGUGGGGACGUGGUGACCUAACUCAGUUCGUAAAACGAUUUCGUUGUAUAAAUACACGUGCCGAGUUACGGUUUAAAAUUUUAAAAACGAAAAUGACUGUUGACGAAAAUUUUGUUGUUCAUGGAAAGCCGAAUGCGGUGGCGCCUAUCGAAUGUUCGAAUGGACAGUUUUUCCAUAAAUAUUUGUUGGAACAUAUUAAUAAAGGGGAUUUUUUUGUCAAUGAAAACACGGAGGAAUCGAUUACUUACAAGGAUUUUACGCAAAAAGUGUGUCGAAUGGCUAAUUGUUUAAAGAAAAUCGGGGCUAGAAAAGAUAGAUUAGUUGCUAUUAUCAGUGAAAAUAAUGUUAAUUAUUUUAUUCCGAUGAUGGGGAGUAUUUAUGUUGGUUCUCCGGUCGUUCCUAUGAACCCUUUAUAUACUGAAACGGAACUAUCUCACGCACUUGGUUUAAUUGAACCAUUCGUGGUAUUUUGCUCAGUUUACUUCUUGGAUAAAGUUUUAGCACUAAAAGAAAAAUUUCCAUGCAUCGAACAAAUCGUUUUAAUAAACAGCCCGGAACCAGAGGAAGGUUGCCCAACGUUAGAUGAAUUUUUAGACACUCAUUGUCCCGGAACCGUGGACGUUUUUAAUUUUAAACCAGACGAUGUCGAUAUCGACAACCAAGUUGCAAUCAUUCUAUUUUCUUCCGGAACUACGGGACUCCCAAAAGGCGUCCAACUUACACACAGAAAUUGGAAUACAAAAGCAACACACGCUUUUGAUCCUGCAAUAAAUGCAGAGAUUCCAACAACCGUAGCACUCGGUUUAUUACCGUUCUUCCAUGGUUUUGGUGUAAUAACAGUAUUUAUAGCAAUAAUUAAAGGAUUAAAAGUCGUAAUAAUGGAAAGAUUUGACCCAGAAACUUAUCUUCAUUACAUCGAAAAAUAUAAAAUUGCCUCAUUAAACGUUGCGCCCCCACUUUUACAUUUUUUCGCAAAACAUCCACUCGUUGAUAAUUACGAUAUGUCUCACGUCCAAGAAAUGCUUGUUGGAGCUGGAGCCGUCAGUCAAUCUAUAGAAAGAGAAGUUAAAAAACGAAUUCCUGUUAAACACAUCCGACAGGGUUACGGAUUAACAGAAACAACAGUCGUUUUAACAUUAACCCCAUCGUUUACCGAAAAAACGGGAUCUUGUGGUGUUUUAGACCCGGAUAUGUUAGCUGUGGUUAGAGAUCCGGAAACCGGGAAGAAUUUGGGACCUAAUCAAGAGGGUGAAUUAUGUUUUAAAGGACCUUUAAUCAUGAAGGGUUAUUAUAAAAACGACGCUGCUAAUAAAGAAACGUUCACUUCCGAUGGGUAUAUGAGAACGGGAGAUAUCGGUUAUUAUGAUGAAAAUGAAUAUUUUUAUAUUGUUGAUCGAUUAAAGGAAUUAAUUAAAUAUAAAGGGUAUCAAGUAGCGCCCGCAGAGCUUGAAGGAGUUCUUUUAUCAUUCCCUAAAAUUAAAGAUGUAGCUGUGGUUGGUUUUCCAGAUGAGGAAGCUGGAGAACUUCCAAUGGCUUUCGUUGUUAAACAAGAUGAUGUCGAUGUAAAUGAAGCGGAGAUUGUUAAUUUUGUUAAAAGUAAGUAAU